CGGUCCACGAAGUGUAAGUCUGAGUGUUAGUAUUGCCGUGGCUCUCUGGGAAUGACGACUGUCUUAUAUAAGUUUAAAUUUAAUAUAAAGAUCAGCUUUAAAUAUUGUCAAGUUAACACUACUGAAAUUUACAAUUGAGUUUAUAGCGUGACAUACAGUACAAACUACUCUACUCGACUCCACUUACAUUUAUUAGAUGUGAAAAAACAAGGAUUUACUUGCAAAAAUGUCUAUCAAUACAUUUUGGACCUGCUUAGAAGGCACUUAUGGAAUACACAUUCCCAUCUACGUACAGAACAUCAUGCACAUAAUGGGUUAUGACAAUCCCGUUUCAUUUCAAAGAAUUACGCCUGCCAAGCUCAAGGAGAUAGAAGGCUUUAUGAGAUCGAUAAACUUUUCACCGCCGAUCGACGCACGCAGUGAGGAUUACUUCGGUAUAUUCUUUGCUCACGAGAGAGAAAAUUUCUCGUUUACACCCGGUGACAAAGAUCUGAUUCUGGGAUUAGUUGAUCGAGUCAAGGAAUAUUCCCAUGUAUUUAAGAAACUUUUAAACUAUUAAUCAUUGUAUGUUCUGCUAUUUUAUACAAAUACGUGAAAGUGAGUUUUGUUCAUGUUUAUGUGUUUAUUUUUAACAAUUACUUUACGGAUUUGCGUCAUAUUAAAUAACAAUGCUGUACAGUUGUAACGAUUUUUUUUACUGAUUUACGAAUUUUCAUGAAUUAUUGAAUAAAAAAUGUUAUAAACAAAAA